AAAGGCAGUGCCACAGCCCACAGUCCUCCAUCCAGUACAUCUUCAAUUCUUCAUCCUAUCAAAUUUAAUUUGAUUGAUACAUAUUAAUUAGAUUUCCAAUAUAUAUUAUGAUGAUGAACAAGUGGUGGUUGGUGGUUGUUGUGGUAUGCGUAGCUUUGGUUGUGGGGUCCGGGGAAGGGUUCGAUUUCAAGGAGUGGGAGUUAGAGAGCGAGGAAAGGUUGUGGGAGUUGUACGAGAGGUGGAGGAGCCAUCACACGGUGUCCACGAGUCUAGAGGAGAAGCAAAAGAGGUUCAACGUGUUCAAGGCUAAUGUUGAGUAUGUCCACAACUUCAACAAGAAGGAGGACAAGCCUUACAAGCUGAAGCUGAACAAGUUUGCAGCCCUGACUACCCAGGAAUUCAAAAGCUUGUACGCCUCUUCCAAAAUCAAGCACCAUCGGAUGCUACAAGGCGCUACUUCUCGAGCUUCCCCAUCUUUCAAGUACGCCAAUGUGAGUGACAUCCCACCCUCUGUUGAUUGGAGGGCCAAAGGCGCUGUCACCAAUGUGAAAGACCAAGGCCGAUGCGGAAGUUGUUGGGCAUUUUCCACUGUUGUAGCAGUUGAAGGUAUAAACCAAAUCAAAACAAACCAACUGGUGUCUUUAUCGGAGCAAGAGCUUAUUGACUGUGACACUCAAGAAAACCAAGGUUGCAAUGGAGGACUCAUGGAUUUAGCAUUCGAUUUCAUCAACAACAAAGGAGGCAUCUCCACGGAACAGAUAUACCCUUACAGGGCUGUAGAUGGCCGGUGCGAUGCUCAAAAGAUGAACUCCCCGGUAGUAUCCAUCGACGGACAUGAGGAUGUGCCUGCUAACGAUGAGGAUGCACUGCUUAAAGCCGUAGCCAAUCAACCUGUCUCUGUAGCCAUAGAAGCUUCAGGAUUUGAUUUACAGUUCUAUUCAGAGGGUGUUUUCAAUGGAGCAUGCGGGAAAGAGUUGGAUCACGGCGUAGCAAUAGUGGGGUACGGAACAACGCUUGACGGGACCAAAUAUUGGAUUGUGAAGAACUCGUGGGGAGGUGAAUGGGGAGAAAAAGGAUACAUUAGGAUGAAACGUGGAGUUGAGGACAAAGAGGGACUGUGUGGAAUAGCAAUGCAAGCAUCCUACCCACUCAAGAACUCCAAUACCAACCCCCAACACUCAUCAUCUCAUCAACCUAAGCCUAAGGAUGAGCUCUGAUCUCAUCCAAUAUUAUAUAUAUUCAAUUUGGAUAUAUAUAUAUAGGCAUUUAUAUAUCAAACAUUACAAACUUCACUUCACUUUUAUUGUUAAUUAUAAGCAUUAUAUUGCAACUACUCAUGAAUUUAUUAUGUAUUUGUAGCAUCUAUAUUGAUAUAAAUGGUGAAAGAAUUAUAUUGAAUAAAACUUCAUAUUUCUGUUUUUU